AGUGUCGGGGAAGGAGUGUGCAGCGCCCGACGUCUGAACGCACGCCAGGUCGUCCACCUUCCUGUUCCUCCUUCAGCGGCUCCCGGCGACGCCCGCAUUCUCACGAUGGGCGUGGAAAGGAAACAUAACAACAUCAACACCAACAACAACAAUAACAACAUUAUCAUCAGCAGCACAGGGAAGGGGGGUGUGGAGGUGGGCGUGGGGGGGAGCAGCAAUACCGCCAGCACCCCGGGGUCCUCCACCGCCUCCCCGUCCCUCUCCUCCCCUUCCUCCUGCGGGGGAGACAGGAGGACGCAGGAUGAUAUCAUCAGUUUACCCUUGGCUGGAGAAGGAGGCGAUGGAGAGGGAGGAGAAGGAGGGGGAGAGGAAGGAACAAAAGAAGGUGGAGAAAAAUGCGGGAGAGAGGAAGGAGAAGCAAUAGCAACUGUCGAUUGCGAAAGAGAAGACGGAGAGAAAGGAAAGAAAAGAAACCAAGGGAGAGGAGGAGCGUGUGCGACCUCCUCCAGAAGAAAGAAAGUCGCACCCUCCGCCGCCGCAGCUCCGUCGCGUUCCUUGCCUUCGUCAGGAACCAGCACUAGGGUCACUCCAGGCGCUACAGAGAGAACCGCUGCAGGCAGCACCAGAAGAAACCUUCCAGAACGCGACAAGAAGAAAUCGUCCUCGACCCCGGCCCCUCGCCCUACCCCCCAGGCGAGGGCCCGCCCCACUCCUGCUAAUAAGACUUCUGUCACCCCCUCGCCCAGGAGAGCCAGCGUCACCCCUCCUGUCAGAAAGACAUCUGCGCCUUCAGAAGGAGUCGGAGAACGAGCAAGGACCACGCAUUCCCGUGGGAGAAUUCCCUCCAGCCAUGGGGAGAGCGGCAGCAAGGGCGUGGCGGGACGGGCGUGGGGAACAGCGGCUGCCCCGAAGAAGGCCGUCGCGGACACCACGAAGAAAAAGACGAACAGCGCCUCCGGUGGCGCGGCCGCGGCGCGUGGAGUGAGUGGCGUCGCGAAAGCGAGACCAGCCAGGACCCCCCCCGCCGCCACAGCCACGCCUCCCACUGCCACUUCUGCCACGCCCCCCUCCGCCACUACGGCCAGGCCCCCAGACACCGGGGCGGCGAAGAGGCGGCCAAGGUCCAUCCCCGCCUCCAGGACCAUCGCUAAGAGUCCGUCAUCUGUUCCUCCAGAAAUGUGCGUAUGUUUAUUCAUGGAGGACGUGGGUGAGUGCGGCCGUGAGUGUUGUGAAGAGUGCGAGUGUCCUGGAACGCCAGACGAGUACGGUGACUCUCACGUGGACGGAGCGAGUACUACAGUAUCACGUGACCUGGCAGUGUACCGUGUCCAAGGGGAAGGGUUCGGUAUGCUUGAUACAAUUAUUAUUAGGAAAUCACACUACUUCUGUUACAGCGAUAUUAACUCUUACAGUGUCAUCAACUGUAAAGUCCAUUAUGCAACCUACGCAACUGUGUAUGACUUGGCAACGGGUCUUCGUGCCCACUUUGAUAUUCGGGUACUUUCCUUGCAACGUGUCCCCUCGAUCCUACGGUGA